AUGCAACUUAGUCCAUUGCAAUCGCGGCUGGCAGCAUCUCUGAUAGCCUCCUGCCUUUUGCUCGUUAUCUAUGUCAUUCUACUCUCUCCGCAAUUCGCCUUCGCUGUCGAGUUCGAUCCUAUAAUCGCCGACCAUGACGUGCACGAAUUGUCAUACGAAGAGCUCGAUGUUGUGGAUAUAUCGGAGGCCUUAGACCUGAGAGGUCCAGCGUACGAGCCAGACUUUGCGCUAUUCGACCGAGGCAUCAUAGGAAGGGUACCAGAUAGUGCGACUGUCUUGGCCAACAAUGAAAAGAAAAAAUCCAAUCUCGCUCCUGGCGUUACGAUGGCAUAUGUCUUCCAAGCUUCGUCGGUCACUAACAGAGCAGCGCGGGACUCAAAUGAACCGCUGGAGCUUCGAAGAAGUUUGAACGAAUCACAAGCACCGGCUGUGAAUGGGGACGAAGAUCAGAAUGAGGAUGGUGGCACUACUGUUAAGCCAGAACUUGCACGUCGGAAAGAAACAACUAAAACAUUGUGGAUAUCCGCGAAUACUUGCCUGCAACCUGGGCGCCGUUCAUCAGACCGAACAGCUCCGGAUCCUCCACAACUCACUCUUUACGUUUCUACAUCGUCUGAUAAUACUUCUCCGGGGCCGCAGCAGAGCGACAAUACGCAGAAAGCCAUCGCAUUCACGGAGGGGGCUGUUAUGUUCAACACAUCUAUAGACAAGGAUGUCUACUUGAGCAUUUCUGCCCCAGAUGUCUCGGCCGAGCAAUUUGACACUUCACAUGAAUACAAUUUCGAGCUCGUCGCUUCUACUGAUCAGUAUUACUUUUCAUUUCACGAUAAUCAAACCAGUCCUGAUCUUGUAUGGGUUGACAGCGACGCCUCGGCGGCUCUACUACAAACCGGGUUUCUAAACAAUGUGACGAGUCAAGUGAUCACAACGCCACCGUAUGUCAUGUUCGCUCAUAACGACAACAAUGUGGACAUCAAAGGGGUACGUAACUCUUACUGCGGUUUAAGUUCGUAUGCUCAGAUUAGGAAUCUUGCCGAUGGAAGUAGCGGAGAGAUGACGGUAGGGUUGAAGAAUGGAGGAGAAGACAACUUGACCCGGCAGGAGUUCUACGUUAGUGGUCUUAACGCUAGCUCUAACUACACAGCUAUCCUUGCUCGUCCGCCGGGGAAGAGUCUCCAAACGCGCCAGGAAGAAUCUUCAACCAUAGGCGGCGGCAUCGUAUUCCAGCCGGCUGUUUUUUCGACCAAACCUAAUGGCGCGUGUACGUUUAUCUUCAACCUCACAUUUUGCGAACAGACCCAAUAUGCUGUUCCCGGAAACUUGAACACGUUUCCUAACGCUACGGCUCUUGGAAAUUUUUACGAUGACUACGUACGGUCUAUGUGGGACAAUUUCGAUAAAGUUCUACAGCAGACUCCUUGCGAGGCUGCUUCAACUGCCCGAUACUCGUUAGCCAGGGGCUGCGAGGAUUGCAAGACUUCGUAUAGGAGAUGGCUCUGUUCGGUGGCAAUUCCUCGUUGCGAGGACUUCUCGACGCCCGACCGACGCUUUCUUCAAAUGCGUAAUAUCGCGGCUCCUUUCCCGAAUGGAACGACGGUGGAUGAGGAGAUAUUGAAGAAACACGGACAUUCCAAGGCUUUCAAUUCGUCUCGUAACCCUAAAAUUGACGAAGUUGUCCAGCCAGGCCCGUACAAGGAGUUGUUGCCCUGUGAAAAUUUGUGUUAUGAACUGGUCCAGAGCUGCCCGGCUUCGAUGGGAUUCAGUUGUCCUCGGCCGUCAAGUAAGUUUAGCUUCGAAACUAGCUAUGGACAAAAGGCGAGGGACGAUAGUUUGUCGUGUAAUUACCCCGGGUCUGCGCAUUUCAUAGGAGGCGCAGGCAUGCUUUCCCCCUCUUGGGCUGGUCUGGUCGGCAUAAUUGGCAUACUUUUAACAAUACUUGUAUGA